AUGAGCGUUUUCACUCUGUUCUACUCAGUUCUGUUAUAUCUUAAUGAAGCUCACCGCUUAGUGGCACGCUCACGUCUGGUGAAUCAAACAGAUGUCAAUUCUGAGCUUCCAACAUGUGGAAUCCCUUAUGACGAACUUUGUUGUUCUGUCUUACAGUCGACUGAUCCAGAAAUUUUCAAACACUGUGUUCCUCAUGUUUUCCUUUUGCUGAGUCGAAUUGCCGUGCCAGUAUCCAUGGUAAUGAUUGCUUUUGUCUUGCAACUAGCUUUUAAAAUAGAUGGAAAACACAGUCGUCUCGUUGUUCGUACUCUAUGGACGAUUUACGCCUUGGUUUUUGUCUUUAUUACAUACAGAGUUCAUUAUGAUAGUUGUUUUCAUAGUCAUACAUUUGAAUGUAUCAUAAUUCCUGGUGAGCUUCUCUAUUCUUCCGUAUUAUAUCUGGUGUUCGAGUGUAGAGACCAUCCUUUCCCAUCGAAUACAAAUGAUAGCAACUUUAAUCAUGCACCAAUCGCAGUCGAUGAUGGGCCAACUGAACCUGUCGACAAUAGACCUAUCCUAUGGAAGAAAAUACUCUUACACGAUGGAAUACAAAUCCUUCAUCAUAAUUCUCCAAUUGUUUGCAGUUUUACAAUGUUUGUAAAAAUGAGUUCAUAUGAUUGUUAUUAA